AAUGGAAUGCUACGUUUUUAAGUUUCCGCCCAAUUCAGCAACGCCAUCUUUAAUCUUGGGAACAAAAUUAACUCCUGGAGGUGACGUAAAACACUUUUGUAAACCCUCCGACGUGGUUACUCUGUCGACUGGAGAAUUUUUUAUUGCCGAUGGGUACUGCAAUUCUAGAAUAAUAAAAUAUUCGGCUGAUGGAAAAGUUAUCACACAAUGGGGCGAAACACCGGAACCUGGAGAACAGCUUGACAAAGAUGGAUUUCCAGCUCCAAAUAAGUUGUUGGUUCCACACUCACUUGCGGUAAAUGAGGAUAAGAAAUAUUUAUACAUUGCUGAUCGAGAACAUGGCCGUAUUACUACUUUUGAUUUUGAAGGAAAUUUUAUCUUUCAAACUCAUCCUAAAGAGUUUAGCGGAACAUUAUAUUCGGUAUCUUACGAUAAAUCAGCUGAAUUAAUUUAUGCCAUCAAUGGACCUAGUAUUUACAAAGCACUCACUGCUGGAGGCUUUACCUUAAGUUCUACAACCGGUGAACUAUUAGCUACAUGGUCACCACCUCAAGGUUUUAACCGACCACAUGAUAUCGCAGUCAGCAAGGACGGAACUUCUCUCUAUAUUAGUGAAAUAGGACCAAACGUCAUACAUAAGUUUCAAUUGAACAAUUCAGGUAUUGCCUUACCUUCGCAUGCGAAUCAUGUAUCUCAACAACACAACCACGCUCAACCAUCAUAUGAUAAGGCUAAGAGCGAUUUGAAUAGUUUUAGGGAUCAUCCAAAGCAUCAGCCUACCUUUGGGACUUACAGUAAGAAUAGAAAUGGUAAUCGAUUUUCAGACAAAACGAUAAGGAGGAAAGGGCAUAAGAACGACAAUAUCGACUUAUUAGAGUUAAUUUUGAGUGAUAGAAAAGGGCAAUAUAAAAAUUUAUUAGAUAUCUUAGCUAAUUCAGAGGAAGUUGAGACUUUAAAAACAACUUACGAAGACAUUAUGAAAGAACUAUUGGGAGAAUUAAAAUCUCAAACUGCUGUUGUGCCCCUUAGCGAGCUAAAAAGUAUUGCAAAUGCUAGAAAUAACACAUCAACGCAAAAAAAAUUAAAAAAAUUAUUGACGAUCUUGAAUGGAACAGAGGAAGAGACUAUAACAUUGGUCGGAAGCAUUAUCGAUGUUGUUACCCACCCUUUAGAUAAGCGAAGCUCAACAAAGACGACCGACUUUAUAACUUCUUCAAAACCAAGUAUAAUGAAAUCUGAAAUAAAAGACGAUGAUAUGAAAGCAUCAAUUAUAAUUGGAUCUUUACUGCUAGUUCCCGUUAUAGUUAUCGUUAUUGUUGUGGUAAUUUUAAGAUUAAAACGAAGUGGUAAAAUAUCCUACAUCGACGCAACUGCAUCAUUUGGUAAACUCAAUAAAAAUAGAAGAAAUUUCAACAUUGGUCAAAUAUUUAACCGACAUAAAGGAUUUGACAGACUAAGUCAAGAGGACGGUGAACUGGAUCAUUUAAACUCUGAUUCCGAGGUUGAAGACUAUUCUACUACUGAACAAAAAGCAUAA